CAUUUCUUCACUAAAGCUCUCUCACAGUUGCCCAGUGGGACAGUUGGUUCUCAGCACCACAAGCGGCUCCAUCAAAACCUCAAGACAACCCAACAGUCAACCAGCCAUGAGCAAGUCCUACUCCUCUUCGGCCCAGUCGGCCUCCUCGUACCGUCGCACCUUCGGCUCUGGCGUAGGGGCCACCCCAAUGCAAUCCUCUUUCUCCUCUUCCGGAGGAGCUGGUGGUCGCCGCUCUGCUGCAAGCCACCAGUCUUCCCGAGUCUAUGAGGUGAAGAGCACCGGUGUUCCCUCCUACUCCGGCUACAGGGUGUCCUCUGGUGCUGGGGGAUCUGGGUACGGCUCCUCUUCAUCCAUGCGCGCCUAUUCUGGCGAGAAACUGGACUUCAACCUGGCCGAUGCCAUGAACCAGGACUUCCUCAGCACAAGGACCAAUGAGAAGGCCGAGCUUCAGCACCUCAAUGACCGCUUCGCCAGCUACAUCGAGAAGGUGCGUUUCCUGGAGCAGCAAAAUGCAGUGCUGACGGUGGAGAUUGAGCAGCUCAAGGGCCGUGAGGGGCCCGGCCGGGUAGCUGAGAUGUUUGAGGAGGAGAUGAGGGAGCUGAGGAGGCAAAUAGAGACCAUCACCAACCAGAGGGCCCGCGUGGAGGUGGACAGAGACAACCUGGCUGAUGACCUGCAGAAACUGAAGCUCAGACUGCAGGAGGAGGUCCAGCAGAAGGAAGAGGCUGAGAACAAUCUGUCUGCCUUCAGAGCUGAUGUAGACAAUGCCACUCUGGCCAGGCUGGACCUGGAGAGGCGCAUUGAGAGCCUCCAGGAGGAGAUUGCCUUCCUCAAGAAGAUCCACGAAGAGGAGAUCCAUGAGCUGCAGAGCCAGAUGCAGGACUCUCAGGUCCAGGUCCAGAUGGACAUGUCCAAGCCCGACCUGACCGCUGCUCUGAGGGACAUCCGCAUGCAGUACGAGGGCAUCGCCGCCAAGAACAUCGGAGAGGCUGAGGAGUGGUACAAGUCUAAGGUGACUGAUCUGAGCCAGGCUGUGAAUAAGAACAAUGAUGCUCUGCGUAACGCCAAGCAGGAGACCAUGGAGUUCAGGCACCAGAUCCAGUCCUACACCUGUGAGAUCGACUCACUCAAGGGCACCAACGAGUCUCUGCUGCGCCAGAUGAGAGAGAUGGAGGACCGCACGGGCCGCGAGGCUUCUGGUUACCAGGAUAGCAUCUCUCAUUUCGAGGAAGAAAUUGCUAAGAUGAAGGACGAUAUGGCUCGUCACUUGAGAGAGUACCAGGACCUUCUCAAUGUGAAGAUGGCUCUUGAUAUUGAAAUCGCCACCUACCGCAAGCUGCUGGAGGGAGAGGAGAGCAGGAUCACUACCAACAUGCCUUCCCAAUCUGCUUAUUCCUCUAUUGGAUUCAGAGAGACCAGUCCUGAGUCCCAGAACAAGCGCUCCUCAGAGGUUCACUCCAAGAAGACUGUUCUCAUCAAGACCAUCGAAACCCGCGAUGGCGAGGUUGUGAGCGAGUCCACACAGCACCAGCAAGACAUCAUGUAAACCAGAAGAGGCAACAUCAAAAACACCAUAUAUUAUCAAUGAAUUACAAAAUAGCACAAUUUAUAAAAUAACCCUAUUUUUAGAGCCAGAAUGCUGACCAUUUUAGCUGAUUGAAAAGGAGAACUGUCAUUUAAAUGCAACUGGUCUUUAGACAAUGUACCGUACAUCAUUAACAGGAUCGAUGCAGUAUUCAGGCAAAUGCAGUGCCUUUAGCCUGGUUUUAAAGAAAAUGAAUUCCAGGAAUCAUGCUUUAUUUGUGUUACUUUCCUUUACCUAAAAUCCCUAUUAUUUACCCAUAAUUGAAAUAUCUUGUCUGCAUAAAUGAUGCAAUGGCAAGUGUAAAGUUGGAAAUGAUCAUCAAGGCUUGGUGUAGCUGUAUUGGCCCAGUAUCCAAAGAGGCGUUUGCACGAUGCGAGUAACAGUACUUUUCUCUGCACAUAUUCCAAGCAUUUCUGUGCAAAUGUAUAAGUAAAUGAAAUGAUUAAGAAGGGCUUUUAUUUGUGUAAUGACUGUGAGAUGUCAGAAACACAAGCCUAUAAUGAGAGAGGAACUCAGGCAUGUUUAAAGUUUGAGCUCAAUGGCAUGUUCUGGGUGUUUAAUUUUAUGAGGGUGACCAUGUUGUGGCCAAAAACUCAAAUAAAGACAUUUGUAACCAUC